CUACCAAAAGGUGCAUUUGUGUCAGUUCAAUUAAAUUGUUUUUUUUUUAAAAUCGUAUGCUAUGUGUUUUGAUUUUCUACUGCAGACCUGUUUAUAAAUCUGAAAAAGAAACCUUGUUAAGCUACAAUUCGUUGAAAUAGCCACUUUAAAAGACAAUUGCAGUUUUAAUUUUUAUUUUUUGUAAUUACUGUUCUUUGUGAAGAUGCCGUUCAGUUUGGAAGAGUACUUCAGAACCACUUACGAGGAGAGGUUACUGGUUAAGAUCCCUGAGAGGGAAGAUGACCAUCUUACUCCAGCCACAAAACUACUUGAGAAGAGGCGUGAAAUGAAAGAGGUUGAGCAGGCACUGAGUGCCCAGAAGGAAGAAUUUCAGAUGAAGAUGGAGUCCCUACAACAAAGACAGGAGGAACUGGAGAGAAAAGAAUGCACACUAAAAGAAAGUCUUCUCAAGUUCGACAAAUUCUUGAAAGAGAACGACUCAAAGAGACUGAGAGCACUGAAGAAAGCACAGGACGAGAAGACAGCGAAGCAGUCUAAGAACAAAGAGCAUACUCAGCUAAUGGAUGAAAUUGCAGUUUUAGAACAGGAAAGAACUAUUUUGGAGCGGAACAAGAUUCAAGACACACUUGACAAACACAAGAAGUUCCACAGCUACAUGGACGCAGUUCUCGAAACCUCCGACGAGUUCUCGGAAGUGAGGGAGAUUACGUCGCGGUACGAGACACUGAGCUCCACCUACCAGGACCUACUUGAGCGGGACCAGAACAACCAAGACCUAAUAGAGUCCAAACGUCAAUAUCUGGCAAAGUUCACCGAGGAUAGACAAAACGAAAUCAUGAGCUACAACAACGAUUUGUCAUUCAUGCAAGGAGAUCUGGAUAAAGCCAAGAGUAAAACAGUUCAUCUGGAAGCAAACUGGAACCAAAUCCAGACAACCGCGGCUUCGAAGACCCUGGAACUAGGAAGAAUCCGGAUGGCAACUCUGAACUUAUUCAACUUGGUUAACACUCAGUUGAAGAUGCCAGCGAUUGACGAGACGGAUUCGGAUACGCAACUGGAAAAGAUAUCCCGGUUUAUCCAGGAUUUGAGCCAGAUUACGACUGAAAUUCGGAAGCAAGAGGGACAGUCGCAAACAGGACAGACGACCACGUCACAUUAGUCGAACUCUUCUGAAGUUAAAUCUAAACAAUGGUCAAUAA